AUGUAAGACUCAAAAAUUAAUUAAUUUUAAAAUAAAAAUACAUUUGAAAAACAUAGCUUAAUGGUGGAAGACUUUAUGCUAUCCCUAUUUUUUUACUUUACAAUCAUCAACAAGAAUGAAGUGCUUUAUGCUAAGUGUGGCAUUGAAAAUUACUAAGCAGAGUUGAAAUAUUUAUGUAGCAUGAAAUCACUUAUCUUCACGAUUAGGUGA